GUCUACUGCGCAUGCGCUGAGCCGCUGUCCGCCUGCCUGUGACGUCACCUUCCUCUCCUCUGGCAGAAACCAGGAUGUGAUGAUGUGAUGCUGCUGCUAGCAGCGAGCUAACAGGCUAACAGGAAGCUGCUGACUGUCAUAGUAAACACGGUGGAAUAAAAAACCUCACAGCUGUCUGACGAGUGAAGGAAGAACUUCUCUGUUCUCCCGAAAACUACAGAAACCGAGAAUAAACUACGGUUUUUUGGCGGCGGCUGAGCGCGGCGAGGCGGCAGCGGCAGCGGCGGCGGGAUGAGUGGAGCGGCUCUGGGCAUCGAGAUCGUGGUGGUGUUUUUCCUGGCGCUGUUCCUGCUGCACCGAUAUGGAGACUUCCGGAAGCAGCAGCGCAUGGUGCUGUUCGGCACGCUGCUGGCCUGGUACCUGUGCUUCCUCAUCGUCUUCAUCUUACCUCUGGACGUCAGCACGACCAUCUACAAGCAGUGUAAGAUCGAUCAUAAGGAGGACGUCUCUGUUCCCACCGUCAGCCCCCUGCCGUCCAAUCACAGCGCAGUAAACACGUCUGUCACGCCCACCAAAAGUGCUCCGAAGCCGUGCUACAAGCCGUGGAGCUACAUCCCAGACGGCAUCAUGCCGGUGUUCUGGAGGGUCGUCUACUGGACGUCUCAGUGUCUCACGUGGCUGCUGCUGCCCUUCAUGCAGUCCUACGCUCGCUCCGGAGGCUUCUCCAUCACGGGGAAGAUUAAAACGGCUCUGAUAGAGAACGCCAUUUAUUACGGGACCUACCUGCUGAUCUUCGGCUCGCUGCUCAUAUACGUGGCCGUUCACCCCGAGUGGCACCUGUCCUGGUACGAGCUGCAGACCAUCGGCAUCACGGCGGCGAACACCUGGGGUCUGUUCCUGCUGGUGCUGCUGCUCGGCUACGGUUUGGUGGAAAUCCCUCGCUCCUACUGGAACGCCUCGCGACACGGACACUUGCUCAUCAAGACGUACUUCAAGGCGUCCAAGCUGAUGACGGAGAAGGCCGACGCAGAGGAGAACCUGGAGGACGUCAUGGAGGAGGUCAGAAAAGUCAGUGAAUCCAUCAAGUAUAACCAUCCGCUGAGGAAGUACAUCGACACCAUCCUCAGGAAGUGUCCGCUGGACUACCAGGAGAAGAUGGGCAGGAAUAUGGACGACUACGAGGACUUUGAUGACAAACAGAACACCUACCCCAGCGAGAAGAGUCUGGUGAAGCUUCAUAAACAGGUGAUCUACGCGGUGCAGAGACACAACAGGACGCGUGUGCAGUGGCAGAUCCUCCUGCAGCAGGCCAUCCAUCUGGAGGACGUGGCCAAGAACGAGACCAGUUCAACCCACCAGUUUGUCCACAGCUUCCCGUCCUCCGAGCCAGCCGGCUGGUUCAGCAGAUACGUUUACACGCCGACUGUAGAGUGGUACUGGGAGUGUCUCCUGAAGCGCUGGUUCUACCGGCUGCUGUCGGUGGUCCUGACCCUGUUCAGCGUGGCGGUGGUCUGGUCUGAGUGCACCUUCUUCAGCACCCGGCCCGUCCUCUCCCUGUUCGCCGUCUUCAUCCAGCUGGCUGAAAGAGAUUAUAACUACCUGUACAUCGAGAUGGCGUGCUUCAUCACCAUCUUCUUCCUGUGCACCUGCGUUUACUCCACCGUGUUCCGCAUCCGGGUUUUCAACUACUACUACCUGGCCUCCCAUCACCAGACCGACGCUUACAGCCUCCAGUUCAGCGGCAUGUUGUUCUGUCGUCUGACGCCUCCUCUGUGUCUGAACUUCCUGGGUUUGAUCCACAUGGACUCUGCAAUCUCCCACCAGGAGAAGGAGCAGACAGCCUACACCUCCAUCAUGGGAUCGAUGCGAGUCCUCUCCUUCAUCGCUAACGGCUUCUACAUCUACUACCCCAUGCUGAUCGUCAUCCUCUGCAUCGCCACCUACUUCAGCCUGGGGACGCGCUGCCUCAACCUGCUGGGCUUCCAGCAGUUCGUAGGCGACAGUGAGAUGACGUCCGACCUGAUCGACGAGGGCAAAGAGCUGAUCAGACGAGAGAAGAGAAAACGCCAAAGGAUCGAAGACGGAGAGAACAGACGGAGAGAGUGGAAGGAGCGUUAUGGAAACCAGCGGGAGGAUUACGCUGCCAGGAACAGGAGCAGUCAUGAGAUGAAGGAGACCAGCUACUCAGACACCGUCAACCCCAACAACAGCAGACAGGCUAAAUAUUCCCGGACGGGGAGUCGAGCAGAGAGGGACUGCGUCGAGCUGCUGCAGGACGCCGAACCUUUAGACUUCAACGCUGACUCUCUGACAGACGACCCGCUGGACUCAGAGUCUGGCAGGCACACGGUGGGACGAUAUCUGUCCAUGUCGUCGUCUCGCAGUCGGAUAUUUGACGACGUUUAACGGAGGGGGAGCCGUGAACCGGAACGUACAUCACUGUCUACACCUCCACCUGCAGGGAGAGGAGCUGCAGUCACCUGACUGAAUGUACCACAUGACCUCCACCACCGCAGCAGCAGCAGCAGCAGCAGAAGCAGCAGCAGGAGGAUGCAUGCUAGUCUGAAAUAACAUCACGCGUGUGGCUGAAGUUCUGCAUCCUGGAACUGUUUUCAUAAAGUCUUUGCAUCAGGUUGUUCAUGUCCAGCUUGGCUGCAGGUAAAUGAAGGAAUAUUCUGAUCUGAAUGCCAGAAGCCAGACGCGCUGCGCUGAUCACGUGAGCUGCAUGUCGUCUCUCUGCGGCCGCCGCAUGUUCCACACGUCACUUUAAAGGAGCUCAGUGGAAGGCUGUUAUAUUUAUAUUUUCUAUUCUUUUUGGGAUUUAUUAUGUAACGGUUUCAUCAGGCUGUUUGUUCAAAAUGUCCAAAACUACUUUAACUUUAAUCAUUUAUAAAAUAUAUUGAUUGAUUACGCAGCUCUCACAUGGAAGCAAAUAAUAGUCGCAAUAAUUUAAAUAUUAUAAACAACUGAAUACAAUCAUUUAAAUUCAUUUAACCGCCACUGAAUGUUUAUUUAUAGCAGUGAGAUAUUGAACUCUGAGUUUAUCUGCUUUGAUUUGAAACUUCCAGAAACUAAUUUAAGUCGUGAAACUUCAAAAACUCGAUUUUAAGUCACAAAUUCAAAUAGAAAACGUGUUUCGAUCACAUUUAACCGUCAUUUUUCAGAUCUACAAGUACAAGUCAAGUCAAAAAAACAUCAUGUUAUUUAUUUAUUUAUUUAUUUCUUCUUUAUUUAUUGGGGGGAAGGUUCCCUGAAGCUGCUCAGUUUGGGUUUCAGUGGAGGAAAUUCAUCUCGCAGCAUAAAAACACAAACAAAAUCAAAACACAAGACGAUAAAAAGACACAUCAUGAUGAAUAAAGUGCUGAGGUGUGAGAAUCAUUUGUUAGAAUUAAGAUCACUUAUUGCUGCUCUUUCACUUUCCAAACACUCGUUUAUCCUCCAGCUGAACAGAAACUACAAAUAGAGUCGCUGAAAUUUAGGGGAAAAAAAUGAAAAUAGAUACUUUGUCCUCUGUUUGCAUCAUGUGACUGACAGAAUGUAACCUGAUAGGACGUCGCUGUGGUCAGACCUGUAAACACAGUGCGAGGUGAGACGUUCGACCGCCGCAGGUCAGAAGAAAACAAGAUUUUCCAGGUUUCAGAUCAGAUUUCAGACGGUCUGAGUGCUUUUUAAAGUCUCCGCCGGUAAUAAAACCUGUUUUUCUGGACUGUGAUGUUCUCGUCUCUCAGCAGAAGGAUGUUAAAUAUGUGCAGGUUCAUCUGCUGAAGGAGGAAAAACACACAAGUGUACAAACUUGCACGUAUUAAUAGAUUCUGAACUGUUAAACUCAGCUGAUCAAUGAAAGCAGAUCUUUAAAUUUCAACAUGAAGCAUUCAGUGGUGAUUAAAUUUGAGGUAUUUGGUUGUUUAUAGAUUCUGAUCAUUAUUAUUUGCUUCCAUUCUCACCAGUGUAAUCUGGAUUUGGUGGUUGUACAGAAACUUCUUUCAAUCUGAUUAUGACUGUAAAUUUAUAAAUCAACUAUGUGAACUUUGUUACCUGAUUGUUGAAACUCUUCCUCUACGUGGUAUUUAAAGAUGAAAUGGUUCUAAAAAAUAUCUUUAUCAUCUUGAAGUGAAAACAGCAGAUGUUUCCUUUUCCCAUCCGUGGUGUAAAGAUACAGAGAAGUGACCUUUAAAGGACCAUUCCAGUGUUUUCUGUGUUUAAAUCUGCUUUACUUCCCUCCUUUAUUUAUUUCACUAAAGUAUGAAAUUCAACUGACUUUUAGAUCAGAUUUGAUUAGAAAACAAAUAUUAAUAUUAAUAGAAGUGAAAUUAGUUUAACAACACAUCAAACGAGCGUCUCUGCAGCUCUAUGCAGCUGUUGGAUGUUUACAGCUUGUUUCUACGGUGUCCCAAGAGGCCAAAAUAUCAGUCAGUGCAGCUUUAAACAAGGUUGCCUUUAUUUUUUUUUUUAAAGUCGUUAAGCAAGUGAAGCAAACGACCAACAGUCCUGAACCCAGAACUGUUUAAUUCACUGUAACAUACAGACGAGGAAAAGCAGAAAAAUCUCACAUCUGAGACCCGGGAACCAUCAGAUGAACAACGAGCCUAAACAUCACGUAACUUUUACCACAGAAGUGUCAGACCAGGAAAAAGCUCAUGUGGAUCUUUUUUUUUUGUGACAUUUGAGCUGCUGUAUAUUAGCGCACACAUUGAAAAUAUAAAGGACCGAGACCAGAUCCCUGAGGAACCCCACAGGUUAUUACUGACAGUACUUAACGCUCAGGUAAGGUGUGGAGUUUACUGCUUAUCCUUUCGGCCCCUUGUGGACAACAGUUAAUACAAAGUUAAGUAUAUUUGAUUUGUAUAAAAUGAGCUAAAACAUGUAAAAACACAGUUAUGGUCCUGAAGAUACUUUUAGUUGAUGAAGAGAUCCUGCUGGCAGGUUGAGCUGAGCUUCAGGUCAGUCUGAGCUUCUUUAAAUAAACUUCACAGAAAGGUUUAGUUCAGCUACACAUCCUGAUGUUUCCUUUUCAUGCCAGUGUAUAUAUGUAUGAUAUACCUUUUUUGUAUUAUAUGGGCUAAUUAAUAAUAUACAGAACGAUGUCAAAUGUGACUUUGUAUUUAUUAUCUUUCCUGCAGCCUGUUAACUCUUCUUCUGUCACUGUUAUCUUUCCUUAUUUCUGACUUCUUCCCUCCAAAAAACAGCACUAAACACCUUCCAGUAGCGUGUGACUCUUUCUGAUCAUACUGGUGAUUCUGGUGAUGAAGUUAAUUUGAUUUUUAUGUUGUUGAAUAUCUGAAUAUUUAUUGUCCGUUUAUGAUCUCAGCACAUGUUCUCUGAUUCUGGAAAUGGAGAGUAGAUGUAAUUAGUUGAUUCCUGUGAUUUACAGUAGUGUAUAAUUAAGGUUUACUCUGCUGCCAGUGUUGUUGUCAGUCAAUAAAAGUUAAAGUGUUA